UCAGGUUAAGGGAAGAGCAAGGUGACAAUUGCAGACCUGAAGGGGACUUUAUUUGGGACGUCUGAGGAAGAGGAAGGGUCCGGGAUUUGCCUUUGGCCUUGGAUUGCCAAAUAAAAAUAGCAGGCACAGCCUGCCAAGACGAUGACAGUCACUUAUUCCAGCAAAGUAGCAAAUGCCACUUUCUUUGGAUUUCACAGAUUACUCCUAAAGUGGAAAGGCAGCAUCUACAAAUUGCUGUACAGAGAAUUUAUUGUUUUUGCUACUCUUUACACAGCGAUAAGUGUGUUAUACAGAUUUUUUCUUACAGGUAGCCAAAAACGGUUCUUUGAAAAAUUAUCAAUUUACUGUGACAAAUAUGCUGAACAAAUCCCGGUAACUUUUGUGCUCGGUUUCUAUGUUACUUUGGUGGUGAAUCGCUGGUGGAACCAGUUUGUGAACUUACCAUGGCCGGAUCGACUGAUGUUCCUCAUCUCUAGCUGUGUCCAGGGCAGAGAUGAAUAUGGGCGCUUGCUGAGGAGGACUCUUAUGCGUUAUGUGAAUUUGACAUCUCUGCUGAUCUUUCGCUCCGUGAGCACAGCCGUGUACAAAAGGUUCCCCACCAUGGACCACGUGGUAGGAGCAGGUUUUAUGACAAGAUAUGAAAGAAAAAUUUUUGAUGACCUUAAGUCUCCCCACCUUAAAUACUGGGUUCCAUUUGUCUGGUUUGGAAACUUGGCAUCAAGGGCACGAAAAGAGGGAAGAAUUCGAGACAGUGUGGAUCUGCAGACGCUGAUGAAUGAGAUGAAUAAGUACCGGUCUUGGUGUAGUCUUUUGUUUGGUUAUGACUGGGUUGGAAUUCCACUGGUCUAUACCCAGGUUGUCACUCUCGCAGUCUAUACUUUUUUCUUUGCCUGCCUGAUAGGGCGCCAGUUUUUGGAUACUGACCAAGGGUACCAGGGACAUGACUUAGAUCUUUACAUUCCAAUCUUCACACUAUUACAGUUCUUCUUCUACGCAGGAUGGCUCAAGGUCGCUGAACAACUUAUUAAUCCAUUUGGAGAAGAUGAUGAUGAUUUUGAAACUAACUGGUGCAUCGAUAGAAAUUUACAGGUCUCACUUCUGGCGGUGGACGAGAUGCACAUGAACUUACCAAGGAUGGAGAAAGAUAUUUACUGGAACGAUUCCUCUGCCCGGCCGCCCUACACGAAAGCAGCUGCUGAUUACUGUAUUCCUUCGUUCCUUGGAUCGACUAUUGAAAUGGGGCUGGCUGAUACCGAAUUCCUCUAUGGGGAAGAGUGGCCCUGGGAAGAGGAGAAACACCGAAGACAAGGUUCAGUGCUGAGAAGAGUCAAGAGAUUUCUCAGCGUCCAUGAGGGCCCUUCGUCCCCAGCUCACCGGCGCUACAGUCGACAGACAAGUGAGAAUUCCGUGUUUUUCCCAGCAGACGAAAAGGGGCACAUCAGACGGUUGCAGGAAAUGCACACAAGAGGGAGACACUCUACCUCGAGCUUCAAGAAGAAACAUGAAGGAGUUGACAGAAGUAACAGACUUCAUAGUAGCAGAGAUCUAGGACCCAUAACUGAAACCUCAAGGAAUGAGGCACAACUCAGUGACAGUGACACCUUAUCCGAGACAAACAAACCAGUUCCUGAGGUCAUCAUCUCUGAAGCUGAGGAGAAAGCACCUGAUGGGCUGGGCAAACCAGACCUGCAAAGAGAGCGCACCGCGAGCAUGCCAGAACAAAAGCUCCAAAGGAGCCUAACUGAGGCAAAUGUGUCUCUUCUGGACCAUCCUUUUUUCCCCCCAGAAAUGACUACAUACAUCCCAGGUUCUGAAGUGCAUCAGUCACUUCCUACUGUGAUAGGGGAGCCCAAACAUGAACCCCAUGGUAGUCACAUAGCCGGUUUCAUAGCAGAUCCUGAGAGAAACCUUCAGCGAUGGAGUUUACCAAGCUUCCAUAGUCAUAGUACAGUGUCAAACGCUGACGCUGCACCGCCUUUAACAGAUUCUGGGACAACUUCACAACAAAGGACCUUCAGUGAUGGAAAAAAUGUUACUUCUGAUGCUGCUCCAGAGGUGUUUGAGAUGCAGCACUUAUGGGAAAACCUGGAUAGUAGAGAAACAGCCAUAGUAGAAUUUUCUAAUGAGAAAAGUGAGAGAAAACUUUGACUGUGCUUCCCCUGGGUUUGACUGGUCUUCUUGUCUUCUCUUGAAAGUGGUUCUCACACAGAUUUGCUGAAAGUGCAGAAGGGCAGACGCUAUGCUCAGACAAGUCCUGAGCAAGAUCCAACAUAGGAUUUGGGCAAGUAAAUAGGAGGCAUUAUAGUGAAGUGCUUUAAGCCAGUUGGUCACUGGCUUGAAAUCUGUGACCCUAUGGGGAAAACAUUUAUAGGGAGAGCUGAGAGCCUGAGGAGUGAAUGCAAACCAGCCAGCACACACAGCAGCGAGCUGUGUAGGCUCACCUAGAGGAAACACUGAGGUUAUCAGAAGAGCAGAGGUGGCUCUGUCCACUUUGGUUCCACUCUGAACACUGCUACCUUUGGCCGCCCCUUCAGGUUAAGGUCCAUGACAUCCUUGUAAGACCCACCAACAGUUUUAUUUUCUACUCAAGUGGCUAGAAGGGGAGGUGUGGGUUCAAUUCCCUCCUCAAUCUGGAGAGAUUCAGUCCACCAUCUCUCAAUGCCUGGAGGAACACUUGAAAAAUCAGGCUCCUUGCUUGUGUGGGGCAAUAGCCCUGCUCCUGCUGAAGCUAUGCCACUACAGAGUGCAAAAAUAAAAGGAUUAAAUGUUUAACUUCAUUAAGAAAAACAGAAGAGGCAAAACUGUGGAUGAGCUGGGCAUGGGAUGUCUGAGCCUUGGUCUCUGCUCCUUGGAGCAUGUAUGUGGCAUACCUCGUGGCUGUUUAUUGUAAAAUGCCCUUCCCAGGUGGCCUCCCUAAUGACGACAGGGCUGUGGCACUCUCUCAAGGGAUGAUGGAGUUGCAGGGGCAACUGAGCUUAGGGCUCCACUCUUGCAGAGCUUCAGCUGGAAGUACAAAGGCUGCAGUCAUGCCAGGGAGACAACCAAACGGCCGGGGACUACUAGCAAAAAUUGUCUCUGCUUCCUUCUCCCCUCCCCUGUUCCCAUGCUGCCCAGACGUACCGCACACAUUCUCCAUUAACCCAAACCUGAGCCAGCAUUAGGUGGCUCCUGCUGCUCCAGGGAUGGCCGAGCCACCUCUCUAAACCUCCUGGUAGCAACCUGGCCUUUCAGCUGCGGUUCCUGUAAGAAGUCUCAAAGCAGGCCCUGAAAGCAGCCACAGCUCUUUGUUUUUAGCUCUCACUCACAUCUACAUGAAUGCAAUGAUGCCAGCAUUCCCUACAAGUGAGGAUCCAAGUAGAUGGUCUUCCUAGACGAGGGAGAGACCGGAUAGCUCAGGGGCUGGGAAGAACAGAGAGAGGGGGAGAUGCAGAAAAUGAUGGGGGCUGCAACAGCCAGCAAGUGGUGUGGACUAUAUGGACAGCAAGUCCACCCACUCUCUUGCUCAGAAGGUUGCGCUUCAGACAACAAACCAGCAUCUCUCCCAGGGUAACUGGUAGCCCAGUGGCUCCUGGGAGUCUUCAGGGACCCCCUGAGGCUGGGAAGGGAAUGAACGGAGCUGCCUGCUCCUUCUCCUCUGGUCAACAGCUCACAUGAAGAGACCUUCCAGUAGGUUAUUGCAUACAGCAGGACUCUGCUAUCUCAUCUGGGCAGGUUUUGAUAAAAAAAUCAACUGCCCUCCCCACUUCUGCUUCUUCCAGCUUUGUUUCAGUCUGGGAAUUUUCUCCUGUUGGUGUGCAUUAGAUAUGGUCUGAGCAGUGCCAACCUUUCAAAUCCUUCAAAGGCACUAGACAAAAGCAUAUAUAUACCCAUCAGUUUACGAAGCAGAGGGCACUUAGCCCAAGGAAGAGCUAUUUAAACUCAUAUUAUGGGAAUUUCAGGUAUGCAGAAAAGCCAAGCACAGAUUUCCCAGGCACUUAUGGAGGCACUUCUUCACACCAUGAGAUGAGGUGACGCCAGUGUCUGACAGUGGCUGAGUAGUAAGGUUGGAUCACAGUUUUGGAGUAAGGCGUUCUGGUGCAACCUCACCCUUGCCACUCCGCAACAAGUCCUCAGGCAAAUCCAGUUGCUAUGAUCAGGUUUGGCCAACAAAAUGAGAACCUCAACAAAGCAAAAUUAUAUUGAAAUGAACAGAACCUUAGCCUAGCAGUCCCAUUUUCUGGAUGGCCCUUAGUAGGCAACACACAGCUUCUGGCAGCAUCCUUUAGCUUUUCAGUCAUCAGAGCUCCAGACUGCUGGGUCUCCCUGGGGAAGAGGAUUCUAUUGGCCUGUGACAAUGAUGGAAAUGCAUAGUUUUCCCUUCCCUACAUCAUCAGAGCAAAAAAGAUUCCAGCAUUCCCUCUUUCUUCCCUAUUCCCUAUUUCUUCUUUUAGCUGAAGCCACAUUUUUCAAUUCAAUAUCCAACAGCUGUGCAUGUAUAGGAAGGGUUUUCAUCUGCUGUGGGGAAAGUCUGGCCUAUCAUCUAGCUCUCUUCUCACAGUACAUAAGCUUGAGGAACUGUGCUUCUCUCUGUAAGGGAAUUUAAGCCAGAAAUUAGAGAUGAGUUCAAGUGCUCACUACAAAUCUUCACUGAGGGUCCAGUCCCACCACACCUCCUCACUCUCAUCUUUUGCACAGCUUCCGCCAGGGUUUAAGGUGUUGGAGCAAAGUGCUCACCCUCCCCAACCCAGACAUCAGUAUGUUAUUUUUCACUAUGAGGGUGGUGAGGCACUGGAACAGGUUGCCCAGAGAGGUUGUGGAUGCCCCAUCCCUGGUAGUGUUCAAUACCAGGUGAGCAGCCUGGUCUAGUGGGAGGUGUCCCUGCCCAUGGCAGGGGGGUUGGAAAUAGAUGAUCUUUAAGGUCCCUUCCAACAUAAACCAUUCUAUGAUUCUGUUUCAUCCCGGCACUGCUAAGCCUGAAGAAGCCUUCCCAGCUUCUCAUCAUCCAGCUCUGCUCAUCUUCUGUCAUCUUCUCAGCCUGGCCGCUAGCUAGGAUGCCCACUGCUGCUUUCCACCAGGACAUUAUGCAUCUCAUGAGCAAUGAUUUUGCUGCUUCUCCCACUCAUUCUGCCAGCAUUCCCUGGCCCAGCAACUGUAUUCAUUCUUCGAUGGAGGCUAAGGGUGGCCACACAGUAGCCAUUAGGUAGAUAACAGCUUCAGUUAAGUCCCACAGGGGUGCCUAUUAGACAUGUAGCCGCAUGUUAGAUGAAGAAUGACAGCUCUGAAGUCCCACAAUGUAAUCUGCAAUACACAAAUAGCGUUUCACACAGUGGGCCAGCUCCAGGUUAGCUAUAAUAUUCUGUUUGUUGUUUGUAAAGGAGCUAGUGCUGGGAUCAGUUACCGGAAAGAAUUCCUCUCCUCAUUUAGUCUGUUAUCUCACUUUUGCAAACAUCUGGGGGCUCUGAUUUGUAUUAAAUUAUCUUUUGGGAUUAUGUGCUCUCUUAGGCACUUUUCUCAGUAAGCUAUUUGCCUUAGGACGGUAAAUGGACUAUUUUAGCAAACCCAACAAUUUAUGAUUCAUGUUCACCGGUAUAAGCAAUGUCGAAUUAUUGCAUGAAUAAAGGCACUUUGAGAAACACA